AUGGGAUCCUUCCGAUGGGAUUGGAAUAAGGAGAAGGAGAAGAAGAAAUAUGGGGAGAAUAAGAAUAAGAAGGAGAAGAAGGAAGCUUCAGUUACAGAUAAAGAAAGUGCAGUUUGGAGGAAAAUGGGGAUGGAUAGGAUAUCAUGUUUCAGAAGAAGGAGAGCAUCUCUCAGUGACACAAGAACAUGUCAUGUAUCGGAUAGCAAGAAGAAGGAGAAGAAGAAGAACUUUGAAUCUCAGAAUCUCAGAAUCUCAGAAUCUCAGAAUCUCAGAAUCUCAGAAUCUCAGAAUCUCAGAAUCUCAGAAUCUCAUAAUCUCAGAAUCUCAGAAUCUCAGAAUCUCAGAAUCUCAGAAUUUCAGAAUCUCAGAAUCUCAGGAAUUCUCAGAACUUCAGAACCUCGAAUUCUCGGAAUAUCAGAAUCUCAUAAUCUCAGAAUCUCAGAAUCUCAGAAUCUCAGAAUCUCAGAAUCUCAGAAUCUUAGAAUCUUAGAAUCUCAGAAUCUCAGAAUCUCAGAGUCUCAGAAUCUCAGAAUCUCAGAAUCUCAGAAUCUCAGAAUCUCAGAAUCUCAGAAUCUCAGAAUCUUAGAAUCUCAGAAUCUCAGAAUCUCAGAAUCACAGAAUCUCAGAAUCCCAAAACCUCAAACUUAUCUCAUAAUCUCAGAGUUUCAGGAUCUCAGAAUUUCAGAAUCUAAGAAUCUCAAAAUUUCAGAAUCUCACGGAUUCAUUGGAUUUGAGGAAUUCAGAAAUUUGGAAAUUCAGAAAUUCGGAGAUUUCAGAAUCUUAGAAUUUCAGAAUCUCAGAAUCUCAGAAUCUCAGAAUCUCAGAAUCUCAGAAUCUCAGAAUCUCAGAAUCUCAGAAUCUCAGAAUCUCAGAAUCUCAGAAUCUCAGAAUCUCAGAAUCUCAGAAUCUCAGAAUCUCAGAAUCUCAGAAUCUCGGAAUCUCAGAAUCUCAGAAUCUCAGAAGCUCAGAAACUCAGAAUCUCAGAAUCUCAGAAUCUCAGAAUCUCAGAAUCUCAGAAGCUCAGAAGCUCAGAAUCUCAGAAUCUCAGAGUCUCAGAAUCUCAGAAUCUCAGAAUCUCAAAAUCUCAGAAUCUCAGAAUCUCAGAAUCUCAGAAUCUCAGAAUCUCAGAAUCUCAGAAUCUCAGAAUUUCAGAAUCUCAGAAUCUCAGAAUCUCAAAAUCUCAGAAUCUCAGAAUCUCAGAAUCUCAGAAUCUCAGAAUCUCAGAAUCUCAAAAUCUCAGAAUCUCAGAGUCUCAGAAUCUCAGAAUCUCAGAAUCUCAGAAUCUCAGAAUCUCAGAAUCUCAGAAUCUCAGAAUCUCAGAAUCUCAGAAUCUCAGAAUCUCAGAAUCUCAGAAUUUCAGUAUCUCAGAAUCUCAGAAUCUCAGAAUCUCAGAAUCUCAGAAUCUCAGAGUCUCAGAAUCUCAGAAUCUCAGAAUCUCAAAAUCUCAGAAUCUCAGAGUCUCAGAAUCUCAGAAUCUCAGAAUCUCAAAAUCUCAGAAUCUCAGAGUCUCAGAAUCUCAGAAUCUCAGAAUCUCAAAAUCUCAGAAUCUCAGAAUCUCAGAAUCUCAGAAUCUCAGAAUCUCAGAAUCUCAGAAUCUCAGAAUCUCAGAAUCUCAGAAUUUCAGUAUCUCAGAAUCUCAGAAUCUCAAAAUCUCAGAAUCUCAGAAUCUCAGAGUCUCAGAAUCUCAGAAUCUCAGAAUCUCAAAAUCUCAGAAUCUCAGAGUCUCAGAAUCUCAGAAUCUCAGAAUCUCAAAAUCUCAGAAUCUCAGAGUCUCAGAAUCUCAGAAUCUCAGAAUCUCAGAAUCUCAAAAUCCCAAAAUCUCAGAAUCUCAGAAUCUCAGAAACUCAGAAUCUCAGAAACUCAGAAUCUCAGAAUCUCACGGUUUCAUUAGAUUAG